AAUAUUUUCUCUCUAAUCGGCCUCUCCUCGAUCUCCUCCGCCGACAAUAUCUCUCCCCCACCCCCACUCUAGCCCGCUUAUACAACCCGCUUUCUUUCUUCCACGAAUGAGAGAGAAAGUAAGAGAAAAAAACACAUUCUUUCUUUGCAAGAUUCAAUUAUAAAAAACACAUAAUAUUCUAUUGAUACAUAGAAUUAAACGUAAAAUAACAUAUUGAUCAAUUUUAAACUAAUCUUAUCAACUAACCAUAUAUAAUCCUUGUUAAGAGAAAGAGUUAUUUUUAUCCACUUAGCUAUCUUUGGUUGUUAAAGCCUCUGCUCUCCUUCACUGAGCUUUUCUUGAAUUAGUGUCACCGCAUGCUACCUGUUUGUUGAAUUGCUCCGAUGGCUUUCUCUUUCUCUUCUUUCCUCAAAUGUCAUCCAUGGAUUCAAUCUCAAAAUCCACCAAACCCCUUUUCAUUUCCUCCUCCAUUUCAUCCUCCUAAACCCAUAUCUCUCCCAUUUUCAUCUCGCCAUGAACAUGUUUCUUCAACUGUUUUACCUUCUAAAGCAAAAGAACUCUUGCAAGAUUUCACACCUAAGCAAUUUCUCGACACCCUUCGUCAAGAAAAUGAUGAAACUUCAGCUUUUCAUCUCUUUGAAUGGGCUUCUAAGCAACCCCAUUUCACAACCACUUUGUCUAUAUACGAGGAGAUUCUAAGGAAGCUUGGAAAUGUGGGAUUUUUUGAUUUAAUGAAGGGGGUAUUGGAUGAUAUGAAGAGAUUGAAGGUUGAAUUAGUUGAAGGUACUUUCUUUAUCUUUAUUGAAAGUUAUGCUAAAUUUGAGUUGUAUAAUGAAGCUAUUAAGGUUCUUGAUAUGAUGUGGAAUGAGUUUGGUGUAAAGCCUGGUACUUUUAGUUAUAAUUUGUUGUUGAAUGUUCUUGUUGAUGGGAAUAAGUUGAAAUUUGUUGAAAAUGUGCAUAGUAGAAUGUUGGAUGAAGGUGUAAAGGCGGAUGUAUCGACUUUUAAUAUAUUGAUAAAAGCUUUGUGUAAGACGCAUCAGAUUAGGCCUGCUAUUUUGAUGAUGGAGGAAAUGCCUAUGCACGGUUUGGUACCGGAUGAAAGGACUUUUACGACGAUAAUGCAAGGUUAUAUUGAGGAAGGGAAUUUAGAUGGUGCAUUGAGAAUUAGGGAUCAAAUGGUGUCAGCUAAAUGUCUUGCAAGUAAUAUUACUGUUAAUCUUUUGAUUCAUGGGUACUGUAAAGAAGGAAGGAUUGAUGAAGCUCUGAACUUUGUGCAAGAUAUGUGUAGUCGAGGGUUUUCUCCGGACCAAUUUACAUUCAACACUUUGAUAAACGGUUUGUGCAAAGCAGGACACGCUGUCCAAGCCUUGGAUAUUUUGGAUUUAAUGUUGCAGGACGCGUUUGAUCCUGAUGUAUAUACUUAUAAUAUUUUGAUUUCUGGGCUUUGUGAAGUUGGUGAAGUCCAAGAGGCUAUGGAACUUCUCAAUCAGAUGCUUGUAAGGGACUGUACACCAAAUACAGUCACUUAUAACACCAUCAUUAGUGCUUUGUGUAAGGUGAACCAAGUCCAAGAAGCUACCGAGUUUGCUCGCGUUCUUACGAGCAAAGGGUUCUUACCUGAUGUUUGCACUUUCAAUUCUCUCAUACAAGGUCUCUGCUUUACCGGCAAUUUCAAUAUUGCAAUGGAAAUGUUUGAAGAAAUGAAGGACAAAGGUUGCCAGCCAGACGAAUUCACCUAUAAUAUCCUAAUUGAUUGUCUCUGUGCCAAAAGGAGAAUAGGUGAAGCUUUGAACCUACUCAAAGAUAUGGAAUCGAGUGGCUGUGCAAGAAGUGUGAUAACAUACAAUACUCUGAUAGAUGGCUUCUGCAAAGACAAGAAAAUUGAAGAAGCAGAAGAGAUUUUCGACCAGAUGGAACUACAAGGGGUUUCUAGAAACCUGGUCACAUAUAACACUCUGAUUGAUGGUCUUUGUAAGAGUAAGAGAGUAGAAGAUGCUGCUCAGCUUAUGGAUCAGAUGAUACUGGAAGGACUAAAGCCUGACAAAUUCACGUACAAUUCCAUUCUUGCUCAUUUCUGCAGAGCAGGGGAUAUAAAAAAGGCUGCAGACAUUGUGCAAACCAUGACAUCAAAUGGCUGUGAACCAGACAUUGUUACGUAUGGGACCUUAAUACAGGGACUAUGUAAAGCAGGUAGGGUUGAGAUUGCAAGCAAGCUCCUCAGGAGUAUUCAAAUGAAAGGAAUGAUUUUGACCCCUCAAGCCUAUAAUCCUGUAAUUCAAGCAAUCUUCAGACGGAGGAAAACCAAUGAAGCCGUAAGACUCUUCAGAGAAAUGCAGGAAACAGCUAGUCCUCCUGAUGCUUUAUCUUAUAAGAUUGUUUUUCGUGGUCUUUCUUCUGGUGGGGGACCGAUUCAAGAAGCUGUUGAUUUUUCUGUUGAGAUGAUGGAAAAAGGACACAUACCUGAAUUUUCCUCAUUCUACAAUCUGGCUGAAGGACUGUAUUCUUUGUCGAGGGAGGACACGCUAGUUAAGCUUGUUGGCAUGAUCAUGAAGAAAGCAAACUUCUCAGACAGUGAGGUUACUAUGAUUAAAGGUUUCUUGAAAAUCCGGAAAUUCCAAGAUGCACUGGCUACUCUUGGCAGUGUCCUAGAUAGCAGAUACCCAAAAAGGACAUACUGGAGCUAAAGAAAUCAUCCAAAAUAGAGGUUCCACAAAGUAGGAAUCAAACUGUAUCAGUUGCUUGCUAUGAUAGUAAUCGGUGUCUAAUUUUGUCCACUCAGUUUGAUAAUGGUUUCAUUUUUUGGCCCAUCUCCGAAAUAACCUCUUCAAUGAGUUACAACUUAAACACUGUGGACAUUUCCCAUCUUAAUACAGUUCUCUAGAAGGCUUAAGUAAUGUAUUCAUAUAUUGUCGCUGAUUUCUGCUCUUCAAUACAUGCAACACAGAAUUCUAACUGUAUGAAAGCCAUCUUACUAAGUUAAUGUCAGAAGUAGUGGUUUUUCUUGAUCAGCAGGAUACAGACCGUGUAUAUGUUAUUUGCUUCUCUAAAGUUUCUGAAGCUGUCUCUCAAUUAAGUUGUUGUUCAUCCACCCUUUGAUCUGUGAGACUAAUGUAUUCAGUUACAUUUAUCUGUGCACACCAUUUUCCUUUUCAGCACUGUAAGCUCACUCCAAUAAGCCUCAUUUCUCUUUUCUUAUAAUACAUGAAAAUUCCAAUACAAGAAACGCCAAAAUCAUUGUUAUAAAGAAGAACUUGAUAUAGGGGUAGGGGUUGCUGUUAGCUGGUAAAUUAACUGAAAAUUUAACAUAGUAAAAUCAUCCUAGUUAAUAUAAGUUUCUUGUAUGAAUCCACUUGACCUGAAAAUAUCUUGCACAAACUAUGAACGCAUACUGGAGGACAUAAUCAAUCAACCUCCCGGUUCUCAACUUCUCAUUGCCUACCUUCAGUUUAACUUAGUUAGGUAGCAUGGGAAAAAAUCUGCAUGAUGGCAAGCAUGUUUUCUGUCUUCAUGAAUUUCAGUUCAAUGAAAGUUAGCUUGGAUGAACGCAUUGAACCCUAACUCAGAAGAUUCAUUAAGAUGCAUUGUACAAGCUUGUUUCCUUAGACAAGUUGGAUAAGUCUUUAGCUCCAAGUGGCUAAGUUUACCUAAAGGCCAAAGUCAGUCUUGCUUGAGUCCUCGGAUCAUGCUGACCACAUUUUGCUUCACUUCAGUUGUUCAAGCUGGUAAAUAGUUUUCCUCUUUCUCAAAAUUUACUUCAGCUUUUCUUCAACAUGAGCUUUAUGAAGCCUUUGACGACUUGUACGAGGCAUCAAUAGGGUGCAUUAUCUUGGUAUAGGAAUCAUAUUGCUCUUGGCUGCUCAGGAAGGUGGUUAAAUAACUAUAGGGAAAUGUGUGCAAGUGACGUUGCUUCAUCGAUGUAUGAUAGUAACCUCUGAAGUAGACUUCUUCUCAGAGAUAUGGUUGGGAAUAUGAACGUCUUCCGAGUUCAAAUCUCGUCCCUGGCUUAGUUUUAAGCUGUGGUCACCAGCUGCUUUCACAAUGUUAGUUAUAUCAGAGAAUAUAUGUCCUGCCCUUCAAUAUCAUCCAAAUGCAUGAAGAUGGAAUCAGAGACACACACUAGAUGUUUGAACCAGUAAUAUGUUCCAAUUCGAAGUAGUGACAUUGUUCAUUCACAUAACUGCUCCUUGCCUCCUCAUCUUUAAUUUCAAUUGGAUUCUAAUUUUAUUCAAAAUAUGUUUGAUGUUUCUUCAUUGAUGAUUCAACGGAAAUCUGGCAUUAGAAACUUAGAGUGAGUUUUUGUUUAGCUAGCUUGAACAUUCAUUGUUUUAACUUGUUUAAGAACCUAUAUAUCUUGUUGUGGUUCAGACAUGUGUUUAAAUGUAUCAUUUUCAAUUUCAGCUGCAACACUUGGUGUAAGUUCAUCUACUUCAGACUUGGUAAGCAGGAUUUACCUAUGAUUUGUUGCUUGGACGUAGACAAAACGGCCUCGUGCAAUUAGUCGAGGUGCGUUCAAGCUGAUCGUUGACGUAAAAAGAGAAACUUUGUUGCCUCUUUGAGAAUCUAAAAAGCAGUUAAAUAGUGCUCCAUCAAGCAUAAAGUUUAUAUAUUGACUAUGUAGUGGCAUAGUUGGGUAGAUUCUCUUUGUAAUGAUGCCUAAGUCUUUGAGUAAAGAGACCAAAAAGUUCUAAAAUUUGAGCUUUUGGUGUACUUCUUUGUCAAAGCUUUUCAAACAAAAAGAUAUACUUUAAAAAGAUUAUUUUCA